UGUGUUUGUGUUUGAAAGAGAUAAACACAGAGGGAGGAGGGUUGAUGCAUGUUUGUUUAAACAGGAACCACAUGACCAUCUUGCUCGUAAUGUGUUGUGUUUCUCUAAUGGCAGUCAGCCAUCUCAUCUCAGCUCAACUACCUUACAAAUUAGGGAUUAAUCAUUCCGUACAGUGUUGACGGAAGCUUUCCACGAGAUCUGACGGACAUUAUAAACGCCAGCAAUGCCAGUGAUGACGUUUUUGUGGGCGGAGCCUAUCUGGUGGCAGAAAAUGACAGAUUUAAAGUAACAGUCAAUGGAAGUCAUGGGAUAAAAGAAUAAAAAAGAGCCAGCAGAAAUGAAUGGGGCUGACAUAGGAAAGAUGCCGGGUGAUGGAGUUCCAGGUAGUGAGGGAAAGGACCCAGUAACCAAUGGGCAUGCAGAGAAUGAGUCAAACCCCUUUGCAGAGUACAUGUGGAUGGAGAACGAGGAGGAAUACAAUCGGCAGGUGGAGGAGGAAUUGCUUGAGCAAGAGUUUUUGGAGCGCUGUUUCCAAGAGAUGUUGGAUGAGGAGGAUCAGGAUUGGUUCAUUCCAGAGAGGGACCUCCCCUCAGUCGGACAGAUUCAGCAACAGCUCAAUGGACUUUCUGUCAACGAUGGCAAUGCAGAGGAAAUCUUGCAAAAGAGCAUCUUAAACCCUGAAGCCAAGGAGUUUGUGCCGGGGGUGAAAUACUAGGGAUCGUCAUUAUCCUUCUCUGUCACACAUCGGAUCGUAUAUGCAGAGACUGAUGUGCCCAUGUUUAGAAUGGUCACAUAAAUGCGCUCUUCUACACAUUUUUGAUGGGGCAGGAAUACAAUUUUUUAUUUAUUUUUUUUUUUUGGAUGGGAGGGAGGUGAGAUUGAUUGUCUAUAGCUUUAUAUUUCUGUUAUGUAUAAACCAAGGGUAUUAAGUUGAAACAUGACCUCUAGGAGGUGCUGCGACUAGCUAAUAUCAUAUUCAUUACCAGGCUGUUUUAUGUUCCCCUACCCUUGCUGAAAGGGCUGUUCUUGUCAGUUUUCAUUGUUUCACAGUUUGUGCCUGAUCAGGUCUUUGCUUUCCCUCCCCUGUUGUUGAGGUUUUUUUUUCUUCUUUUCUUUCCUUUUGGUUAUUGAUCUUUUGUAAAGGAAAGUUUUAAUGCAUCUGUUCACAUUCCUGCGUUUCAAGGGGCGUGGCCAUAAAUGACUGGGGGUGGGUGAACCCCUUGGUUUGGGUUAGACGCUAAGGAAAGGGUGUUGGGGAAUUCACGUGAAUUCAACUUUUGAUUUUGAAUUGCAUUCGUUAAACGCAGGACUGAAUUUCAUUUAAAAAAUGGAAGAAUGGCAAAUAAAGAAGAAAAGUUUGUACUCAAAUGAA